AUGGCCACCGAUACUGCGCCUGGAACUGAACUUCUCAUUUAUGAUGGGAAUAACGAAAGCCAUAAAAACCUCCAGACUACUGGCAAAGAUGAUAUCCGUAUCAUUCUCGUUCCCCAGCCGUCGCUGACAGACCCUAAUGACCCUCUGAGAUGGCCACCGUGGAAGAAGUGGGUGGUGUUUUCCCACGGCCUUGCGUACAGUUUCUUCGGAAGCAUUGUUGGACCUAUUAUGUCUGGAGGCAUGGUUCAACAGGCCGCAUUCUAUUCCAUUCCCAUCACCAAGUUGUCUUGGGCUGCUGGCAUCUAUCUUCUGAUGUCUGGUGUUUCAACAAUGUUUUUCAUGCCGCUCUCCGUGAAGUACGGGCGACGGCCAGCACUCCUGGCCUCUACCAUUGCCCUUGGCUUCGGGUGCAUCUGGUGUGGAGUAGCAUCAAACACCACCUUCGUAUCAUUUUUCCUAGCUAGAGCCUUUGCAGGGUUAUUUGCUGGGCCGGUCGAAGCCCUCCUUCCGAGUACCGUCACGGACAUAUUCUUCCUCCACGACCGAGGAGAGAAAAUCGCCAUAUACGGACUUACUCUCCUCGGUGGUUAUGAGAUUGGUCCCGUCUUGUCUGCCUUUAUCAUCCAGGAUAUUGGGUUAAACUGGGCGUUCUACAUUGUGGCAUUUGCGCUUUUUGCAAACUUUAUUGCCAUUAUCUUCUUCAUGCCGGAAACAGCUUACCACAGUCCCCGCCCUAACAUCAAUACCGCCGCGAUAGAUCACUCUACUUCAAUGGACAAAGGCAGCGAGCUUAUUGUUGGAUCCAGCGAUACCGAAACUGGCGCGGCGGAGACAAUGCCUAAACCAUUCAGCGAGACGCUUAAAUUUUGGAGCAGAGAUGCGACCAACCCAAAUAUACGACUCAAGGCAGCGUUUCUCAGACCGCUUGUCCUGCUUGGAUACCCAACUGUCCUCUGGGCCUGCUUGGUCUUUGGCAUGGCAUUAACAUGGAAUAUCGUAUUGUCUUUAACCGUUGCCCAACUGUUUGCUCCGCCACCUUACACAUUCAGCUCAUCUGCCCAAGGCUUGGUAUUCUUGUCGCCAUUUGUUGGGAGCCUUGCCGGGACCUACAUCUGUGGACCAUUGGCAGACCGUAUCGCUCUUUACUACACUCGUCGAAACAACGGUAUUCGAGAGCCCGAGAUGGGACUCCCUAUUGCUGCCGUUGCCGCAGUAUUGACCAUUGUAGGUGUUUGCAUUGCCGCUCCCUGUUACCACUAUCAGACGCAUUGGAUCGGACCUAUCGUGGGGUUUGGUGUCCUCUCCAUUGGGUCUCAGAUGGGAUGCAACCUAUCCAUGUCAUACGCACUGGAAUGUCACCCAGAACUAUCUGGUGAGCUCAUGAUCACAAUUUCUGUGGUCAAGUCGGUUCUCGCUUGGGCCUGGACGUGGUUCAUCAACGACUGGAUUGUGCUUAAUGGCAUGAUGAUGGUUUACUUUCUCGGUAUGUUCGAUUCACACCCUCCCAAAGUGGGGAGGCUGACAAGAUAUACAGUGGCUCUCAUUAACACAGCCGUAUACGCAACCACUAUUUUAUUCUACUACAAGGGCAAGGCUUGCAGAAUCUGGAUUCAGAAGAAGAACCUUUUCGGCCGAACUGGUUUGGCUUAG